AAAAACAAACCUACUAUUUUCCCCUGAAUUGUUUAUUUUAUUUUGUUAGGAAAAUAUUAUUAGAUUUUUUAAUUACAUGACUAUUUUCUUCAAUUUACUAUUGUUUAGACACCUUUUAGUUAAACAGGACUUAUUAAGAAAGAUAAUAUAACAAAUUCCAAUAGGAGUAACAUAAUUUCAGAUGUUACACCAGGUUUUUGUUUAUGGAACUCUCAAACGCAAUGAACCAAAUUACCAUUGGCUAACAAAUCCAGACCAUGGAUGUGGAAAAUUUGUAUGUGAAGGCUAUACAAAGAAUAAAUACCCUCUGAUUAUUGCAACAAAGUAUAACAUCCCCUUUUUACUGUACAGCCCUGGCGAUGGACAUCAUGUCAAAGGUGAAAUUUUUGCAAUUGAUGAUAUGAUGCUCAGUAAACUUGAUAUACUAGAGGAUCACCCAAAGUGGUAUAUUAGAGAAAUUGAUGACAUUAUUGUCAAGGCCGAAGGGACAAACAAAGAAGAAAUAAUGAAGUGUUGGGUAUAUUUCUUGAAAAACUUCAGAUCAGAUCUUUUAAGAAAACAGCUUUAUGACAACUAUUCCUCUAGUGGUGCGCAUGGAUUAAAAUAUUUGGAAAGGUCGAAGCGUGAUCCAAAUUACGAUUACUAUUCUGAAAUUAAACAUAAGCCUUCAUAGACAUGAAAAUUUAGGCAUCAGUCUGAUGUAUGAUGAAUGUUUGUGGCUAUUGUUUUAAGAUUACUCUCUUCUAUUUCCAAAAUGGAAAGCAUUGGCACAAUAAAUUCAUUUUUUUUUAUUUUUUACAGUGAUAAUGAGGCCACAUUAGAGGAUUUGGAUGAAUUGUUAAAGAAAUAGUCAUCUCGACAGAUAGAUACAAAUAACUAAAGGGCAUAAUGUGCAAUUUAUGGUUGAUAUUUGUCUUUUUUUAUAUAAAAUUAUAGUUUUAAUCAUUGUACCAAUUCCAUUGCAAUUCUAUGAGUAAUAUUAAUAAAUUUUAAAACUGUU